AUGACACUGCGCACGCUCGCGGUCGCGCUUCUCCUCUGUUCGGGACGUUCCGACAAUUCGGCCGCGACCGUUGACUCCACCGACGCCAAUUUUAACACCGAAUCGGCUGAGGACGAGUUGGCAUGGGACGAGAUGGAUUCCGACCUGGCGUGGGACGAUAUCGAUGAGGUUGAGGCGGAUCCUGCCACGGUGCGCGCGCUCUUCGAGCGGCUUGACGUGAGCCGCGACGGACGACUCGACGUGGCGGAGCUGCAGGCGGCGCUCGAGUCGCAGGCGCGCAGCUACUUCGAGUCUGUCCGCGCGUCCACCACCUACGAGACCCACGCGCUGCUGGGCGCCGCCGACGCGGACGACGAUGGGACCCUCUCGCUCCCUGAGUUUGAGGCCGGACGCCUGUACGUCCACCACGCGGACCAGGUCGAGCGGCCAGACCUCUUCGCCUUCGCCGACGUCGACGCGGACGGGCAGGUCGCGCCGUCUGAGCUGCACGCGUUGCUCUUCCCAGAGUGGUCGGGGCGCGCCGACGCCUUCCGCGCCUUUCUGCGCGAGCGCGUCCGCGCCGCGCACGACGCGGACGCGGACGGGCGACUGACGAGGCGGGAGCUUUAUGGGUGGCGGCAGCGGUUGCGAGGCGAGGAUACGGCGGAGGACGAGGGCGAGGACGAGGGGCUUGCUGCGGAGGACGCACAGCGCUUCGAGUGGCAUGAUGGCGACGGGGACGGCGCGCUCGACGAGGACGAGUUGGGAGAGUUUCUGCUACCGCGCUCGACAGCCGACGGCGGCGGAGAGACGCUGCAGGAGCUGACGCGGGAGGAGCUGCGGAGACUGGUCGCGGCGCUGCAGCUUGGCAUGCUGCCAGAGCAGGCGGGCCGAUUCGGCGAGGGGAUGGAGCGCGACGAUCCGAACGUGCAGGGGGAGGAUCACUUUGGCGUUGAGCAGGCGCUCGCGCUGGGCGCACCCUUCCUCCGCUCCUUCCAGCUGCUGCUCGAGGAGGACGAAGAGCCGCCCUGA